AUGGAAGAAAUAUUAGAUGAGAAUAUUAAACUAGAAGAUGGAAAAAUUAAAAAUGAAAUUCUAGAAGACAGUGUUACAAUCGAACAAGGACGAAUUAAAAAUGAAAUAUUAGAAGAAUUGGAUGUUAGUGUGAAUCCUGAAAUAAUUUAUGUGAAGCAAGAAAAUUUGUCUACAAUUAAUUGUGAAAACGAAUUAAAUACAGAAUUUAUUAUAAAAGACGAAAUAUUCGAUCAAGGCAGUUUAAUUAUCCAUAAACGAACACACCCUAGAGAAAAACCAUUUUCGUGUGAUAUUUGUGACAAAACAUUUGUUUAUCGAAGCAGUUUAGUUGAUCAUAAACGAAUUCAUAGCGGAGAAAAAUUAUUUCGGUGUGAUAUUUGUGAUAGAAAAUUUACUAAUCCUAGUCAUUUAAUUUCACAUAAACGAACUCAUUCUGGAGUAAAACCAUAUCCAUGCAACUUUUGUGAUAAAACAUUCUCUCAGCCAAGCUCUUUAAUUGUACAUAAGCGAAUCCAUUCUGGAGAAAAACGAUUUUCAUGUGAAGUUUGUGAAAAAUCAUUUCGACAUAAAAGUAAUUUAAUUACACAUGCACGAAUUCAUAGUGGCGAAAAACCAUUUUCUUGUGAAAUUUGUAAUAAAACAUUUAAUAGGCAAAAUAACUUAACUACACAUAAACGGACUCAUGCUGGAGAAAAACCAUUUUCAUGUGAAAUUUGUGAUAAAACAUUUGCUCAGUCAAGCUCUCUAAUUGUACAUAAACAAAUCCAUUCUGGAGAAAAACGAUUUUCAUGUGAAGUUUGUGAAAAAUCAUUUAAAGUCAAGUAUUAUUUAGAUUGUCAUAAACAGACGCACAGUAAAGAAAGGCCAUUUUCCUGUGAUAUUUGUGGAAAAUCAUUUAAACAAAAAAAUUGUGUAUAUGUGCAUAAACGAUUGCACAAAGAUGGGAAAUGA